UAUUAUUUAUCUUUAUUUUUUAUUUUAGAAUUUUAACACCUAUUUUAAAAUAAAAAAUAAAAUAUUAAAAUCUCUCUAAUAAAACUCCAUAAAGCAAUAAUAACGCUAAAUUGAGUAAUGUAUCCACAAUUAUAUUUUAAGUAAUAGAGAUAUCCUAACUGAUCGCUGGAGUCAACAAAAGCGCCAAACCAUGAAAGUGUCAGCAAGACUGUGCUUAAGCUCCUCUUCAAUGGCGGCAAUCCCUCCUCCAUUACCUCCAAACUCAAAACUCCCUGUACCGAAUUACAAUGGUGUCAACUCUCUUUCUAGAAGACACAUUCCUCUUCUACUCUCUAUCACAAUUCCUUCUCUCCUCCACUCACCUCUUCCUGCACUGGCAUUCGAUGUUGGCAUUUCAGGACCUAAAGAUUGGCUCAGGGAGCAGAAAAAGAAAUCCAUUAAGUAUCUUUUAGCUCCGAUUGACGCUUCUCAACAAAUCCUUCGCUAUGCUUAUCAACGCCUCCAGAAGGAGGAUUCUAGUUUUCAGCUGAAGGAUUUGGAGGAAAUUCAAGCGAUGCUGAAUUCUGCUGCCAGGGAUUGUGUUCCUGAGGAUAGGAAUUCGUUUGUUGCAUUUCAGGCUAAAACUGGUGUCGAGGUUUGCACAUUCAAACUAAUUGUGACCAAUGCAUCUUCAUUACUUAAAGAUGAUGACUCUGCCAAAUUGGAAGCUGAGGCCAGGCUAAGCGAUCUUAUAAGAUCAUUCACGUUUCUUAAUGGUGUGGCCAAGGAAGCAGACAUUCAACGUGGCUCUGAUAGACAAAAGGUUGCAAAUGCUCUGAUGGAUACAAUGUCAUCCCUCAGCAAAUUUGAAGAAGGUAUCAAGGGAUGCAUUGAAGUUUGACUUCCGUUUGGAUAACCACAUGUGUUUCAUCAUGAACAUUGUAUAAUUUCUGUAAGUUAAUGUCUGAGAACAGUGCUUGUUUGUCCUAGAUUGACCUUAUAUCUCAAAGCUUAAAGCUUUUCAUAUUUUGUCUAAUCUAUUUUGUAACCUUUGGCAUCGAUACAACAUGUUCUUGCUCUUGCUGAAGUGCUAACCAUUUGGUCCCUUUUUUCUAAAUUUUAACAAAGAGCUUGAUUUGAUUUACAUUUUA